AUGGCCGCUCGAGGACUUUUGUCAGUGGCACGAUCUCGUCAACUCAAACUCAGUCAGAUGAGGGCCUUCCAUCGUCUUCCCGAAGACGUUGAGAUGAUUCGCGACUUGUGCCGCACUUUUGCUGAUAAUGAGCUAGCUCCGAUUGCGGCCGAAGUCGACAAGAAGCAUAUGUAUCCCAAAGACCAGAUCGCACAGAUGACUGAAAUGGGUCUGAUGGGCAUUAACGUGCCCGAGCAAUUCGGAGGCGCUGGCAUGUCCGCUCUCGCUUAUGCAGUCUCUUGUGAAGAGAUUUCCCGAGGAUGUGCUUCAGCUGGUGUAAUCAUGAGCGCCCAUAACUCUCUGUACAUCGCCCCCAUUGUCAACUGGGGCAACGAUGCGCAAAAAGAGAAGUGGGUUUCCGACUGGGCUACUGGAAAGAUCGGCUGUUUUGGUCUCUCCGAGCCAGGAAAUGGUUCUGACGCUGGUGCAGCCUCUACUACUGCUACCAAAGUCGAUGGAGGGUAUUUAAUCAACGGCACGAAAAUGUGGAUCACUAACGCGUAUGAGGCCGAUGCUUCCGUCAUUUUCGCGACCACGGACAAGUCUUUGAAACACAAGGGUAUAUCCUGCUUUGUUGUUCCAAAUGAUGCAGAAGGUUUCUCUCUCGGAAAGAAAGAAGAUAAGCUUGGAAUUCGUGGAAGCUCCACUGCGUGCCUUAUCUACGAAGAUUGUUUCGUUCCAGAAGAAAAUUUGAUCGGAGAGCCUGGUUUUGGCUUCAAGAUCGCUAUGAAUACCCUUGAUGGUGGUCGAAUCGGUAUUGCCGCUCAGGCCAUUGGCAUCGCUCAAGCGGCCAUGGACUGCGCAGUGAAGUACUCCCUUGAGCGAAAGUCUUUCAACGUUCCCAUCGCCAAGCAUCAACUUAUUCAGCAGAAGAUUGCUGAUAUGGAGGUCAAGAUCGAGUCCGCUAGACUCUUGAAUUAUAAAGCAGCGACUCUUAAAGACAACGGAAUGCCAUACACAAAACACGCUGCCAUGGCCAAACUAGCAGCAUCCGAAGCUGCUACUUGGGUUGCUCACCAAUCUAUUCAAGUUCUCGGUGGAAUGGGAUUUGUCUCAGAUAUGCCCGCAGAAAGACAUUAUCGGGAUGCACGAAUCACAGAAAUUUACGAAGGCACAUCGGAAGUUCAGCGACUCGUUAUUGCAGGCAACGUCUGUAAAGAAUAUGCAUAA